ACAACGUCAAUACUAUAGUGAUUUUAUUUGCUGCGAUGAGAAGUGAAUUUCCUCCUCACAUCGCAGAAAUAGUAUGUGAUCCACAUAUAUGUGACGAGUUUAAUUAUAUAUUAUAAUGAAAUACUUAAGAAAUAUUCUGUAAAUGUUAAGAAUACUUCAUUUACGUGAUGAACUGUGAUGUCAAAUAACCUCGCAAACAAAUUGGCCAUCCGUAUGAAUCGUAAAAAUAGAAUUGCAACAUACUGAAUUUUUCGACCCUACUAACAUUUUUGUGACUAUUAUUAUGACGAACGAAUCGAACAACGCAAUUGAUCGAAACCUUAAUGUUACUAUAUGGAAAGUGUGAUCGUUGGUUAAAUCAAAAUUUAUCUAAAAAUAAAAAAACCCACUCAUAGAAUUCAUUUGGAUUGCAUUCACUAUUCAUUGAACUGACUAAAAAGUAUUCUCUAUUUUAUCGAAAAUUAAUAUCGCUUCACGUAUGAUACUUUCUUUUGUUUUUACAAAUGCGUACAUAACCUUAAAAGCUUAUAUUUUUAACUCAUUUUAUAAAAAAAGUUAAAUAUCAAGAUUAAUGGAAUUUAUCAGUUGAAUAAAAGAAUAAAAGAUUAGAAAUAAAAGAUCCAAAGGUAUCUUGCCAUAUUAUGUUACAUUAUUACUAACAAUUUAAAGACUUUGUGCAGGUUAAAUAAAAUAUAUAAGUAUAUGUAAUUUAUAAUGAAGAUAUUGUAAAUAAUUGCAUUAAUUAAUUUUCGUUUUGUGAGAAUUUCUUUGUCAAAAACAACGCAUAUUCUAGGUAAGUCCAAUAUAAUGGGUAAUGAUGAAAUAAGAGUCUUAAAAAUAAUUCGUAUUAAAAAUUUCGAAAUAUUGUUAAAAUACUGUAAUUAUCGAUUGUUUUAACACCAUUUACGUAAAUUAAGCUACGUGAAUUAUAUAAUACGAUAUGUUCUGGGUGCCACAUAAAUUGAUGAAACAAAAUUUGGUCAAUCAAAUAUUUGUUUCUGGCUUGCCAAUUAUUCAAACAAUUAAUUUGGAUAAAUAGAAUUCACGAGGGUAUAUAGUUCACGAUUGGACAUAUUAAAGACAAAGAGCAUUAUCUUUCACCAAAAUAAUAUUAGAUCUCGCUCAUCUUUUUAGCAAUUUGUAAAACAUUUUUACAGAUUUAACAGAAUACCCGUUGUAUUUUGUUUAUAUAUUACACCAACCGAUUAUCAUUUAUUCCAAUCUUUACAAAAUUGGUUACUAUUAAAGGAAUACUUAUUAAAGAUAUAAAUACAUACUAAAGGAACUUUUCGGUAGUAAAAGUGAACAUAUAUAACUGUACGUAUAUAAGAUUUGUAUUUGAAUUUCUUUGUAAAAAACGAAAAAACUUUUAGUUAAUGCACCAUUUACCAUCAAUUUCUAUUAAUUCCCUAACAAUUCUUAUUACUGUGACGAAAAAAAUAAUCAUAAAACAAAAUAAUCCUAGUUUGAAACCAGAGUAAUCUGACAAUAAAGGGAUUCCUAAAAUUAUUUUCAAAUCGAUGACCAUGACAAUACAAAUGAAAUUUAAGGUCUUACUCAAUGAAUUUUUAACCAUUUCAAAGCCUUAUAUAACUACUGAAGUUUUGGAAGAAAUUAAAAGUGAAUACUAUUAUCAGAUAGGAUCUAAACGAAAAAUAAGUGGUAUAAAAGAUCUCGAAGGAUUAAUUAAACUGUUAGAGAAAUAUACCAUUAUAUCUUACGACAAUAUAAAGCCGUUGUAUUUUAUUAGUUCAUAUGUUAAACCCAAUUUACUAAUAAGAUUAGAGAAAUACGAAAGUGAUUACAAUCAAGCAAUUUUAUCAAAACAUUUUUGUCAAAGUUAUAACAUGUAUAAAAAUAAUAAUGAUCAAGGUCAAGAAACAUUCGAUCAAAUGAGAUUACCAAAUUCAUUAAAAGAGUCCAGUUAUAAAUCAGUAUUAAGUGAAACAGCAGAACAAUUUUCAAAAGCUUCAUAUGAUCAGGAAUUAAAGUUGAAACAAAUAGUAUUACUGAAGAUCAAUGAACAAUUAGGACAUUCAUGGAAAAAUAUUUGCAGACUUUUGGGUCUUAAGGAAUGUGAAAUUAAUGAAAUAGAAAACAAAAAUUUAUCUAUAAAAGAGCAGAGUUAUCAGAAUAAUUCUGAUUGGAAAAUAAAUUUAUUACAUGCAUUAGAAAAAGGCAGACGUAAAGAUAUCAGAGAGAAUGUUGAAAAAAUCUUAUUGAAUAACAAAAUCUAAAAUAUUGUAAAAUUGUGUUUAAUAUAUAAUAUAUGAAGUUACCAUUUGUAAUAAGGAGCAGGAUUAAAGUGACUAAGAGAUGCAUAUAGCAAUAUAUAUAUAUUUUUUAAAUAUACUUUAUAUAAGAAAGGCUUAAAUAUAGUCGUAUGUCAAACAAUUGUGUAAACAUCACACAUCUUUAAUACAUUUUAGAAGAAUAAAGCAAGAUGCUGCA